GGCAAGCGAGUAGAGAAGUGGAGCGUAAGCCAGGGGCGUUGGGGGCCGCGCGGGUCGGGCGCGUGCCACGCCCGCGGGGUGAAGUCGGAGCGCGCGGCCUGCUGGAGUGGGGAGCGCUGCGGACCGAGACGCAGUCUCGCUCUGUCAUGAGGCUGGAGUACAGUGGCGUGAUCUCGGCUCACUGCGAUCUCUGUCUUCCGGGUUGAAGCCAUUCUCCUGCCUCAGCCUCCCGAGUAGCUGGGACUACAGUAAUGGCAAUGCAGAUGCAGCUUGAAGCAAAUGCAGAUACUUCAGUGGAAGAAGAAAGCUUUGGCCCACAACCCAUUUCACGGUUAGAGCAGUGUGGCAUAAAUGCCAACGAUGUGAAGAAAUUGGAAGAAGCUGGAUUCCAUACUGUGGAGGCUGUUGCCUAUGCACCAAAGAAGGAGCUAAUAAAUAUUAAGGGAAUUAGUGAAGCCAAAGCUGAUAAAAUUCUGGCUGAGGCAGCUAAAUUAGUUCCAAUGGGUUUCACCACUGCAACUGAAUUCCACCAAAGGCGGUCAGAGAUCAUACAGAUUACUACUGGCUCCAAAGAGCUUGACAAACUACUUCAAGGUGGAAUUGAGACUGGAUCUAUCACAGAAAUGUUUGGAGAAUUCCGAACUGGGAAGACCCAGAUCUGUCAUACGCUAGCUGUCACCUGCCAGCUUCCCAUUGACCGGGGUGGAGGUGAAGGAAAGGCCAUGUACAUUGACACCGAGGGUACCUUUAGGCCAGAACGGCUGCUGGCAGUGGCUGAGAGGUAUGGUCUCUCUGGCAGUGAUGUCCUGGAUAAUGUAGCAUAUGCUCGAGCGUUCAACACAGACCACCAGACCCAGCUCCUUUAUCAAGCAUCAGCCAUGAUGGUAGAAUCUAGGUAUGCACUGCUUAUUGUAGAUAGUGCCACCGCCCUUUACAGAACAGACUACUCAGGUCGAGGUGAGCUUUCAGCCAGGCAGAUGCACUUGGCCAGGUUUCUGCGGAUGCUUCUGCGACUCGCUGAUGAGUUUGGUGUAGCAGUGGUAAUCACUAAUCAGGUGGUAGCUCAAGUGGAUGGAGCAGCGAUGUUUGCUGCUGAUCCCAAAAAACCUAUUGGAGGAAAUAUCAUCGCCCAUGCGUCAACAACCAGAUUGUAUCUGAGGAAAGGAAGAGGGGAAACCAGAAUCUGCAAAAUCUACGACUCUCCCUGUCUUCCUGAAGCUGAAGCUAUGUUUGCCAUUAAUGCAGAUGGAGUGGGAGAUGCCAAAGACUGAAUCAUUGGGUUUUUCCUCUGUUAAAAACCUUAAGUGCUGCAGCCUAAUGAGAGUGCACUGCUCCCUGGGGUUCUCUACAGGCCUCUUCCUGUUGUGACUGCCAGGAUAAAGCUUCCGGGAAAACAGCUAUUGUAUCAGCUUUUCUGAUGGUGUAAACAGGAGACAGGUCAGUAGUCACAAACUAAUCUAAAAUGUUUAUGCCUUCUGUAGUGUAUUAAUCUCUGUGUGUUUUCUUUGGUUUUGGAGGAGGGGUAUGAAGUAUCUUUGACAUGGUGCCUUGGGAAUGACUUGGGUUUAACAAGCUGUCUACUGGACAAUCUUAUGUUUCCAAGAGAACUAAAGCUGGAGAGACCUGACCAUUCUCUCACUUCUGAAUUAAUGGUAAAAUAAAAUGCCUGAGCUAUGUAGCAAAGGGAA